AUGGCGCCCUCCAUCAAACGAAAGGCCGGCCCAACCCCCGUCCCUGCCAAGAAGUCUCGCAAGGUCGUGGAGCCAGAACCCGAGUCGUCUAGUGGCGAGGAGGCAUAUGACGACAUAAUUGACGAGGAAGAAGACAGCGAGGAUGAUGAUGAGGAUGAGGAGGAGGAAGGCGAUUAUAUCGAAGGCGAGGACAAGGCAAUGGGAAGCGAUGACGAUAACAACGACGAUGAGGACGGUGACGAGGAUGAGCAGGACGAAUUCAUGGCCGCCGCAGAGCACGAUGCUACGUCAAAACCACGAAACCCAAUGGGCGUCAAGAACUCGUCUCUCUACAAGGCACCCACCAACGACGAGAUUCAGGGACUCCAGGAAUCCUCCGACUUGUUCAAGUCCAACAUCUUCAAGCUCCAGAUCGAGGAGCUGUUGAGGGAAGUUCAGAUCGACUACAAGAAGGCCCAGCCCCUGGAGGCUGCCCUUCGCAGACUCAAGGAGAUCUUUGACCGCACCCCUGCACAUCAAGAGCUGUCCCUUGCGGCGAUCAAGGCCAACAUGAAGAAAAAGUCGGUCGUGAUUCCAUUCCCUUCACCAGAACCCUCUUCGGACAUCCAGUACACAUUCGGUUACAGCGCACCUUCGGCAAUGCACCUUGUCGGCAGUUUCCCCUUGAAGACCGUUUCCAAGAGUCGUGAUGGCUGGAGCGUGGAUGUCGCUGUGGAGAUGCCCGAGGAGCUUUUCCAGGAGAAGGACCACAUGAACUACAGAUACUUUUACAAGCGCGCUUACUACCUCUCUGUACUCGCCGCUGCCAUUCAGGAUAAAAAGUCGGGAAUGUCGAGCACAAGGACCGAAUUUAGCACACUCCAUGGAGACCAACGCAAGCCCAUCUUGAUCUUGCACCCCUCCGGAGACAAGAGCGAGACCGACUUCAAGAAGAUGCGUUGCACUAUCAGGAUCAUUCCCUACAUCCCCUCCUCAGUAUUCCCUGCACAGCGUCUGGCCCCUGGUCGCAACAACGUCCGUUCGGCCGACACCAUCGAGCAGCCCCCUACCCCCCAAUACAACACCGCCCUCCAACAGGACACCGCCUUCACAUCCCACCUCACAUUCCUCUACCAACACAGCAAAAACUGCGCUGCCUUCAAGGACGGCUGUAUCCUCCUCAAGGUCUGGGCAACGCAGCGUGGCCUCAUUCGCAGCACAAACGAAGGCUUCAACGGGUUCUUGCUUGAGAUGCUUAUGGCAUACUUGCUGCAGGGGGGAGGAACCAACGGAGGAAAGAAGCUCGCCAACGGAUUCAGUUCAUACCAGCUCGCCAAGGGAGCGAUCGACUUUAUCGCCCAGCACGACUUUACUGCCCAGCCCAUCAUGAUGGGUCAGCAGACGUCCUCGGGAGAGUUCUCGAAGGAAGCCUUUGUUUCCAACUUUGACGUCGUUAUCGUCGACCCUUCAGGAAAAAUCAACUUGGCAGGUCAUGUCUCCAAGGCUGCCCUCGAUGAGCUUCAACACGAGGCCCGCUUGGCCAUGAAGUUCUUCACCGAAUCGAGUGACGACAAGUUCGAGGCUCUGUUCUUGAAGAGAGUCGAUAACCCCAUCCUCCGCUUCGACAAUGUUGUCAAGAUCCAUGUCCCCAAGGACGUCGCCGGAUUGAAGAGCUACACCAAGGUCGCCGCAUUGGACUUCCCCUCACCCUUUGUCCACUUUGCACGCUCGAUUGCACCCCUGUUGAAACGCGGAUUGACGGACAGAAUUCACUUGGUCGCUACCCGCUACGAACCUCUGGGCAACUGGGCUACCUCGAGCAGUGCACCCGACUUUGGAUCAGAUUCGGUCAUUACUAUCGGUCUUCUCUUGAAUGCUGCCGAAUGUGCUCGUUUGGUGGAUUUGGGGCCUCCUGCUGAUAAUUUGGAGGCUGCCAACGUGUUCCGUACUCUCUGGGGUAACAAGGCCGAACUUCGUCGUUUCAAGGAUGGCAGUAUUUUGGAGAGUGCUGUCUGGGAGGCUCAGGGCACGGAUGCUCGCCACCUCAUCGUCGGACAGAUGGUUGGAUACCUCCUGAAGCACCACUUUGCCGUUCCUCACGACUCUGUCCACUACUGGGCUGGUCAGCUCAACAAGUUUAUCCAGUACAACAGCAAGGCCAUCCCCGAGCGACUCUUUGACAAUAAGGUUGCCGCUGCGAACGGAUUCCAGACCGUCGUUAACGCCUUCGAAACUCUCUCGAAGGCUGUCAAGAACGCCGAAGACAUGCCAUUGUCUGUCACCCACAUGUACUUUACCUCUCCCGCCGCUCGUCUAUCGUCCACAUUUAUCCCUCAACCCAGAGACUUCAACGUGCCAGCUACCCACUUCCCCGACAGUGCUCAGUAUGUCGAGCCCUUGGACGUCAUUAUUCAGUUCGAGACCUCGCAAAAGUGGCCCGAUAACCUCAAGGCGAUCCAGAGGAUGAAGACGGCCUUCUACUUGCGUCUGGCCGACAAAAUCAAGUACAAGGGCAUGCGCUCCACUGUUGUUGAGGAGACUGCCGAGGACUCGCUGGGCUUGAACGGAUACUUGGAUGUCCGGGUUGCACCAGGAUUCGUCUUCCGCUGCAGGAUCGCCUAUGACAAGGAGAUCACCUUGUGCGAGGACAUUAUCUCCGACCGCAAGUCUAGCCAGAGCCUCAAGGAGCAGCACCAGAAGGCGCUGGACCUCUAUAACAGAUACUUUGUCCAGGCACCCAUGCACACCUUCCUCAUGCACGCUCUUGCCCACAAGUACCCCUCGCUCUCACAGACCAUCCGUCUCACUAAGCGAUGGGUGAGCGCCCAUUGGCUCGCCCCUUACUUCAACGACGAGGCCUUGGAGCUCCUCUCUGCCGCCGUCUACUCUGACCCUGCACCUUGGGCUGCCCCUGCCAGUGGUUUUGCUGGAUUUGCCCGUGUUUUGAGUUUGCUGUCGACCUGGGACUGGAAGCACGAGCCCCUUGUCGUAGAUCUCAAUGGAGACAUGACCGCCAAGGAGAGAGACGAUAUCCGCCACAACUUUGCCAACACCCGCAAGAACAUGAUUACCUCGAACUCGGUCACUUCGCCCCAGACCAAGACGACGUCAAUCUCGAGCGAUCAUGCCAGCAUGUUUAUUGCAACCAAUAAGGAUACCUUCUCCAAGUGGUGGACAUGGCAGUCCCCCUCGCCCAUGAUGGUGGCGCGUCUGAAGGCGUUGGCCAAGACCAGCUUGGAUCAUAUGCUCAAGGUCACUGCCGCAUCUGCCACCACCAGCUCUUCUGCCCUGAAUGCCUUGUUCAUCACGCCCACUGCACAGUACGAUGUGGUCAUUGAUCUGGACCCAGCCAUGUGCACGCGCUACGCACAGAACCUAUCGCCCGACGCACAGUCCUUUGUGACCAAGGGAGACAAGUACAAGAACUUGGGCACCUUCCAAAAGAGUGUCUUUGGCGACCAGAUCCUUAUUGGCUUUGACCCCGCCGCCGAAUACCUUGCCGAGCUCCAAAGGACAUAUGGAGAUGUUGCUCUGUUCUUCCACGACCGGUAUGGAGGCACGCAGAUCGGUGUUCUCUGGAACCCUAUGGCGCUUAGCCCAAGAGCCUGGAAGGUCAACCUCGGCUUCAACAGCAAGCCAGCCGAUGUCAACAAGGAUGGUGUCUUGGAGGUCGCAAAGGAGCAGAGCACAAAGGCAAAGAACGGAAAGACGACGGGUGGAUCCAAGAUGGUGGUGCCCAACAUCGAGGCAUUGAUGAGCGAGAUCGAGCGGAUUGGCCACGGUCUUGUUCGUUCGGUGCAGGUGAACAGGGACCCCUCUGUCACCAACUAA